AUGGAUAAAGGAACGUUAUACAAUUACACAUACAAGCUUCUCCUUAACAGUUUUACAAUCUCCGAUGCGACUGCGACGUACCAGUGCCGUUUCAUCCGUACCAAUACAUUCAUAAAGAAUCGUACCGCAAAUCGCAUCGUCGUGUCGGAGUUCGGAACAAAGGCCGUGCCAGAUCCAUGUCACACGAUAUUCGACAGGGUCGCCGCCAUCUUUAAACCAAACGAAAAGCUGUCGGAUAAUACAAUGGUGUCUGUGUAUCCGUUUGGAGACGAAGUGUACACAUUCACUGAAUCUCCCAUUAUACAUAGAAUAGAUCCAAAGACACUUGAUACGUUGGAUCGUAAAGAUUUAACGAAGAGUAUUGCCAUUGUCAACCAUUCUGCUCAUCCACAUGUACUACCAAACGGUGAUGUCAUCAACAUCGGUCUCACUGUAACAAGAAGCGGAAUACGUCAUGUCAUUGUAAAAUUUCCUUAUACGAAGAAUGGUGACAUGUUUGAAAAAGCAUGUAUAGUUGGCAGUAUGCCACCCCGUUGGAAGUUGCAUCCCUCCUACAUGCAUAGUUUUGGAGUAACCGAAAAUUACUUCGUCUUAAUCGAGCAGCCAAUGGCAAUUUCAGUCUGCGAAGUGGCAAGGAAUAUUAUAAUGAAUAAAGCAUUCGCUUCUUCUUUGAACUGGUUUCCGGAAUACGAGACAAACAUUGUCCUGAUAAGCCGCAGUACUGGAUCGGUUGUGAAACGAUUUCGAACAGGAACUUUGUUCUACUUUCAUAUAAUCAACGCUUUUGAGCAGGAUAAGAAAUUAAUUGUCGAUCUCUGCGCAUACAAAGAUGCGAAAAUCCUCAACGGGAUGUACGUAAAAGUAAUGGAGAGUGUUCAAAGCAACGCUGAGUACGCGGAGUGGUUUCGUGGGCGUCCAAAGCGACUGGAAGUGCCUUUGGAUGAUGAUACUACGGACCUUAUAGUACCGAGGUUGCUUGUGGACAUUGGGUGCGAGACACCUAGGAUAAAUUAUGACUCGUACAAUGGACGGCCCUAUCGAUACUUUUACGCAAUAGGUUCAGAGGUGGACGCGAAAAAUCCUGGCGCUAUCAUCAAAGUAGAUACGUGGACUGGUGACGCAAAACAAUGGUUUGAGAUAGACUGUUAUGCAAGUGAGCCGGUCUUCGUGCCAGAACCCAAUGCCUCGAUAGAAGACGCUGGUGUUCUGUUGUGCGCAAUAGUGUGGGGCUCAAUCGAGUGCACGAUUGGCCUUUUAGUCCUAGAUGCGCGUACCUUGAAUGAAAUCGGGCGCGUGGUGUUCCAAACACCGUCGCCAUCGCCCAAAUGUCUUCACGGCUGGUUCUUACCAGAGCGCGUG